ACCUCUGUCCCCUCUUUACUCUCUCUUUCACUCUCUCUCUCUCAGUGUCACUGCUCGCCCAUACUUGCCGGCGACUCUCACCGGAAUUUGGCUAACCAUAUAAGUCUCAGACAUGGCUUGAGAUUCCACUGUGUUUGGAGCUUAAUUUAUAGUCUGAGAUUGAGGCUUGUCUCAAGUUCUUCUCAUUGUUCUCCUCAAGUCCUCGAAACCCAGCAGAAAGGGCAAGACUUUGUUUCUGCAGAAAAUUCUGGGUUUUUAGACUUGCCUCUUAUUGAGAAAAUCAUAAUCUUCUUUUUCAUUUUAUCGUUUGGGCUUCAUUCUUUUGGUCUCUCAUUUAGCUCGCAAAAGUUCUCUUUUUGGUGUUUUUAGAGUUCCUUCUUUGUCUCUUCUUGUUGUAUCUCUGGUCCAAAUCUAGCCGUUGAAAAGAAAAACAGAGAACCCUUUUUGACAUUUUCCAUUAUUUGGUUUGAAAUUGUUGGUAGAGUGGUAGUGUGUUUAGCUUUUGAACCCAGCAAUCACUUGGUUUUAGCUUCUGUUGUUCUUCUAUAUAUAUAUAAAUAUAUAUACUUGUUUUUAGCUAAAACUUCAAUGGGUUUGAAGUGAUUCUUUGCAUUCCUUGUUAAACCAGAAAAGGAGCUUGCCAUGGUGAAAAGAAAGGAGCUGUUGAUAAGCUUAUUAGCUUUGCUGGUUUUUGUUUCACGGUGUGUGGGAUCUCUAAACCCGUCGCUAAAUGACGAUGUGUUGGGUCUAAUUGUAUUCAAAGCGGACCUGCAAGAUCCAAAAGGAAAGCUUUCGUCUUGGAACCAAGAUGAUGAUUCUCCCUGCAACUGGGUCGCAGUCAAAUGCAACCCAAGAUCCAACAGGGUUACCGAGCUCACGCUUGACGGCUUCUUUCUUUCGGGUCGAAUUGGGCGUGGCCUCUUACAGCUUCAGUUCCUCCGCAAACUUUCACUGGCCAGAAAUAACCUGACUGGCAGCAUUAGCCCCAAUAUUGUUCGCCUUGAAAACCUUAGAAUCAUUGAUUUGAGCGAGAACAGUCUCUCUGGGCCGAUCCCAGAUGAAUUUUUUAAGCAAUGUGGGUCUUUAAGAUCCGUUUCUUUGGCCAGGAACAAGUUUUCAGGGAAGAUUCCUGCUUCUUUGAGCUUGUGUGCUACUCUUGCAUCUAUAAAUUUGAGUUCAAAUCAGUUUUCAGGGUCUUUACCCUCUGGGAUUUGGGGUUUGAGCGCUCUCAGGUCGCUUGAUUUGUCUAAUAAUUUGUUGGAGGGUGAGAUUCCUAAAGGGAUAGAAGCUUUGAACAAUCUGAGAGCUAUUAACUUGAGUAAAAAUCAGUUUACUGGGGAGUUUCCUGGUGGGAUAGGAAACUGCUUGUUAUUGAGGUCUAUCGAUUUGAGUGAUAAUUCGAUUUCUGGGUACCCUCCUGAGACAAUGCAGCAGCUUAGCUUGUGCAGUUAUCUGAGCUUGAGCAACAACCUGUUAGCUGGUGAUUUUCCUAGCUGGAUUGGAGAAAUGAAACGCCUUGAGACUCUAGAUCUUUCUGGGAAUAGAUUCUCUGGUCAGGUUCCAAGUUCUAUCGGGAAUCUUCAAUCACUGAAGGUAUUAAACUUAUCUGCUAAUGGUUUAAGUGGGAACUUGCCGGAAUCUAUGGCCAAUUGUGGAAACCUUUUGGCUUUAGAUGUCAGCAGGAAUUCAAUGAGUGGUGACCUUCCUGCAUGGAUCUUUGGCUUGGGAUCCGAGAAAGUUAAAAAUUUGGAGAACAAGCUUGGGAGUUUAAACUCCGUUCCAAAGCUUCAAGUUUUAGAUUUAUCAGAGAAUGAGUUUUCUGGUAAAAUUUCAUUCUCUGUUGAGGUUUUGAGCAGCUUACAGUUCUUGAAUCUAUCUGGGAACUCUCUUGUGGGUCCUAUUUCUGGGACUAUUGGAGAGUUGAAGGAAUUGUAUGUUCUUGAUUUGAGUGAGAAUGGGCUAAAUGGGAGCAUUCCUCGAGAAUUAGGAGGAGCAUUUUCUUUGAAGGAGCUGAGGCUGGAGAGGAACUUACUCACAGGGCAAAUUCCUAGUUCGGUUGGGAACUGUUCUUCUCUAACAACUUUGAUCCUAUCUCGAAACAACUUGACUGGACAAAUACCUGCAGCAAUAGCAAAACUUACAAGCCUACAAGAUGUGGACCUGUCAUUUAACAGCCUCACUGGUGGUUUACCCAAGCAGUUGGCUAAUCUUCCCAAUCUCUCCACCUUCAACAUUUCCCAUAACAAGUUGCAAGGUGAACUACCCGCUGGCGGCUUCUUCAACACCAUAUCGCCCUUUUCUGUCGUUGGCAAUCCAUCCCUCUGUGGUGCUGCAGUCAACAAGUCUUGCCCUGCAGUCCUUCCGAAGCCCAUUGUUCUCAACCCAAACUCUUCCUCCAACUCUGCUCCUGAUGUGCUUCCUGAAAAUCUUGGUCACAAAAGAAUCAUCCUAAGCAUAUCUGCUCUUAUUGCCAUUGGUGCAGCUGCUGUCAUUGUUGUUGGAGUUAUUGCUAUCACUGUGCUUAAUCUCCGCGUUCGCUCAUCAACAGUACGAUCUGCACCUGCUCAGACAUUAUCCAUGGGCGAUGUUUUCAGCCAUUCCCCCACUACAGAUGCUAAUUCUGGCAAGCUUGUCAUGUUUUCAGGUGAUCCCAACUUCAGCACUGGAACACAUGCUCUGCUCAACAAGGAUUGUGAACUUGGGCGUGGUGGGUUUGGAGCAGUCUAUCGGACUGUUCUUCAAGAUGGGCAUCCAGUUGCCAUCAAGAAGCUCACUGUCUCCAGUCUUGUCAAGUCCCAAGAAGAUUUUGAGAGGGAGGUUAAGAAAUUGGGAAAAGUUAGGCACCAAAAUCUUGUGGCACUUGAAGGUUAUUACUGGACACCAUCCUUGCAGCUUUUGAUAUAUGAAUUUGUCUCUGGUGGGAGUUUGUACAAGCAUCUCCAUGAGGCAUCAGGCGGAAAUUUUCUUUCAUGGAAUGAGAGGUUCAAUAUAAUUCUUGGGACAGCAAAGAGCCUGGCUCAUUUGCACCAAUCAAACAUCACCCACUACAACAUAAAAUCAAGCAAUGUCCUUAUUGACAGUUCUGGUGAACCAAAAGUAGGAGAUUUUGGCUUGGCAAGGUUGUUACCAAUGCUAGACCACUAUGUUUUAAGCAGUAAGAUUCAGAGUGCACUAGGGUACAUGGCACCCGAGUUUGCUUGCAGAACAGUAAAGAUAACCGAGAAAUGUGAUGUGUAUGGCUUUGGAGUUUUGGUACUGGAGGUUGUUACUGGCAAGAGACCUGUUGAGUACAUGGAAGAUGAUGUAGUGGUGCUUUGUGACAUGGUCAGAGGAGCAUUGGAGGAAGGAAGGGUGGAAGAAUGUGUUGAUGAAAGGCUCCAAGGCAAUUUCCCAGUUGAUGAGGCAGUUCCAGUAAUGAAAUUGGGAUUGAUUUGCACUUCACAAGUGCCAUCAAACAGGCCAGAUAUGGGAGAGGUGGUAAAUAUAUUGGAGCUCAUCAGAUGCCCUUCAGAAGGACAAGAAGAGUUGGGAUGAAUAUGAAGCUAUUUUUUAAAAAAAAUUAAGACUCAAGGAUUUACAAUGGGUUAUCCGGCGAAGAGGAAUCCGGUUUGUUCAGUUGAUCAAAGAGGAGAAAUUUCAUUGUUGGUUCUUUUUCUGUUUCUUUUUCUUGUAAUGGUUCUUGUCUUGUUUAUUUUCAGUUUAUGCUCGUAGUUUCUUCUCAAUGUUACAGUUAGAUUACCGGAUUCCUUUUCACCGGCUUCCGAUUUGGGAACCUUUUGGAUAUUAUUACUACUAAUCUUCAUCUUCCACUAGGUUUUGCUUUUGUUUCUAGUUAUUAGCUGAUAGUAGCAUUGGUUUCUGACUGAUUUUGCAAGGCACAUAGCCUUCAACCUGUUUAUGACUUGCACUGUAAAUCAUUCAGGCUCUUUGAUUUAAGCUUCCAAGUAGAUUUCUUGUUUCUGGCC